AUGUGCAAACUACUGCAAACCACUAGGUACCACAUUUUUGUCCACCUUGAGANAAAACCAGGCGUAUUACGGAAACGAACACCAAAUACAUACUGGGUGGACAAUUAUCAGAAGCGCUAUGUGCCUUCUAGAGGUGAAAAUGUGAUCGGUACCGUGGUACAGAAAGCGGGCGAUAUUUUCCGUGUGGACGUCGGGGGGAGUUGUGCCGCAUCGCUGUCAUAUCUGUCGUUCGAAGGAGCAACGAAGAAAAACCGUCCCGCAAUCAAAACAGGCGAUGUUGUAUACGCGAAAAUGUUAAACGCAAGCAAAGAUAUGGAACCUGAGCUUGUGUGCGUUGAUUCGCAUGGAAAAAAAGGCCGACUAGGAGUAUUAGAAGAAGGAUUCGUGUUCAAAUGCUCGUUGAAUUUAAUCAGAAAAAUAUUAAACCCACAUUGUCCAUUAUUGAACUCAUUAAAGAACGAAUGGCCAUUUGAAUUAGCAGCUGGCAUGAAUGGAAGGAUUUGGAUCAAAGCAAACACUAUGAGAGAGACAUUGGCUCUAGGAAACGCGAUUUUGGGCUCAGAAUAUUUGAGUAACGAUGAAAUUAAAAGUAUGUGUAAGAACAUAGCAGUUUUACUCGCAGGUCAUGUAAGCUAAAAUAAAAGAAAAACCUU